UUCAAUUCAUCGUCUUCUUCUUCUUCACAACUCACAAGUGCUGUGAUUUUGGAUGUGGGUUUUCGAGAUUUAGUCGCCUUUCGGUUAGACGUCAUUGGCUUGCAUUAUUUAGGAUCCGUUUGUCUCUUUCUGAAUCAUCGGUCAUUCAAGAUGAAGUUUGGGAAAAUGGGUUUGAUCCCUGUCUGUUUCAUUUUCUUCUAUUGCUUAAAUUUCAAGAACGAAGUUUGAUAAAUCCUUUCUAUCUCUCAGGUCUUGUUGUAUCUUGUUAGUCUUUAUCUCUUUUCUAGUUUAUGAAUAAUAAAUCAGCUUUGUCUACUAUUUGAUUACCAACCUUAUGUUUCUGGGUUUGGUUUGAGACCCUCUUUUUCUUUCUUUUCCAUUCAUGGAAAAUCUUGCAUCUCCAUUUUUGGUUCAAACAACUGAAACAGUGAUGAACUCUUAUUUUGUGGAAUUUGGGUAGGUUUCUUUUUUUGAAAAUUUGGGUGAGAAACAUGGAUUUUUGGUUGGCUAUUGCAGCUGCUACUGCCUGUUAUAUGGCUAAACAAUUGAAAGUUCUUCAGGAUUCAAAAUGUGUGAAAGUUGAUGAAAAACUGUCUUCUGAAGUUGAACAAGAUGAUUCUGAGAAUGUUUGUAGUCAUUGCAACAACAACAUAAAACUGGCCAAUAUAAGUGAUUAUUAUGAGAAUGACAAUGUAUUCUCAAUUUCAAGUUUAUUUUGUAGCAAGAAAUUUGAGAACUCAUUGCCACCAGAGCAUUGUAGAAGAGAUUCUAAAGGCCGAAGAAGAAACUCAUUGAGCAUUCGACGAUCCAAUGCUAAAUCAACUAAAACAACGUAUAAUUCCUUAGAAAGCUGCUUAAAGGCCCAAUUGAUCAAUAAUGAAAUUAUUGGAAUGGAAGAUUAUGUCAUCUGUUCUGGAAGGAAGAUUGAAGCUAGGACUGAGGAAGAUCAGCCUGAAAAAUUGACCUUUGCCAGUGAAGAAGUUGAUGGGGAAUACUCCAAUCCACCAAUCGGUACAAUCCUUUCUCGAUCAUCCCAUAAAGCAGCUUUGUUCAUUCUUGGUAUAUCAUUGGGCAUUGUAUCUUCAUCCUUAUCGAAUAGGAGGGAGGUAGAUAAAUUGAAUAGACUGUUGAAUCAGACAGAAAACUUGGUCCAAGAUCUUCAAGAAGAACUUGAGCUGAAAGACUCAUUAACUGUAAAAGAGCUUGUAAACGAGGAUCAUGAUUCACAAGAAGCAGAUGACAGUGCAAAGGGAGUUGUAUUAUCUUGCAAAAGGAGUUUGAAUGAAUCACCUAAACAUGACCACAGUAAUGAACAACGACUUGAUGAGAAAGGCAAUGAACAUUCUGAAGCUAUAGCUAAAAUUGAAGCAGAGCUCGAAGCUGAACUGGAGUUGUUGGAACUAAACUUGUGUUCAUCAAGUUUGGAAGGAAAACUAACACAAAUAGUUGACGAGAAGGAUCAGGAUUUCAUAGCAGGUUUGGCCGAGGGUGAGAUAUUCGACAGACAACUCGAUAGACAACCUUAUGCAGAUCGAGAUGGGAGUGGUUUCUCAACAACUCAUUCAAUGCAUGAUGCAGUCAACCCACAUGAAUUGAGCUUGUGUUUACACCAAAUCAUCCAGUCCAAAUUAGAAGAGAGGAUUCGGGAGCUUGAAACAGCUCUUGAGAAAAGCGAGAAGAAGAAAGUUCAAACCGAGCAAAUAGACCAUGAUGUGAUUUCAUGGGCAAAUCCAGCUAUUGUUAUAAAUCUAUCUGAAGAGGCAUCAGACACGAAAGAGGAUAAUGAUCAAUCAUCAAGAGAACAAGAUCAAGAUAUUCUGUUAGAUCAGAAUCGAUGGACAAAUCAACAUUACUUAAUGCAAUGCUACGAUAGUAAUGAAUUGCCAACUUUUUGUAGUCAGGAGAAUGAGAAUUUUGAAGACUUGGGUAUUAUUAGUGAGGAUGAAAAUGAUGAUUAUAGUCAUGAUCAAGAAGAGUUGUUGAUAAAGAAGAUUGUGGAGAGAGCCAAGAAAGGUUCUGUGGUGGCAUUGGUGAAUGCUCAGAAACAAUUGGACAGAUUUGAUCAAUGAUAUAAGGUGACCAUGAAUUCCUCCUCUCUUUUUUUCUUUACUCAA